AUGGAGGUCUCGCUGGAAAACCGCCUGCCUGAAGCCGACUCGUUGCCGGACGGUUUUGUUGAAAGCUCUGCGGAGCCUCAGCUUUCUUCUUUCUCUCCAGUACCUCCACCUGUGGUCGCCGAAUAUAAGGACUCUCUCCUGGAUGCUGACUGCGGCCCGGUGCGUAGAUCUUCGGAUCUCCUGUUUGAUGAGGUAUCAGUCGUCGACCAGGUGGAGAGUGCCGUGAGAGUGGUGGCUUCUCCUUCUUGCAUACCGGAAAACGACAAGAAUGUUGGGGGCUCCGGUGGUUCGGCGGACGUACGUGCUGGCGCGGUGUCGGGAUCUGUUCCUGGUCUGAGGAAUGAACAAGGUCAUUCGUCUUUGCGAGGUGGCGAGCAAGUUCUAGGGGACGACGAUAUUUCUAAUCGAGGUAAUAAUGGAAGAGAUUGUCCGCUGAAGUGUACAACCUCAAAUAGUCCCAAUUUUUUUUUGGGGGGGGCAGCGAAGCUAUGCAUUAUUUUUUCGGAGGUAUGGCUUGUAAGUGGAAAUUUUCCAGGCCCUGUGAACGACUGAACCAAAGAGGAUUCAGUUGUAACCUAGAUGAAACAUGUAAGAAAAUGAUUGAACCAUAGUGGACGCUGUGCAUUCAGACUAGAUGAAACAUGUGAGAAAAUAAUGCAUGACUGACCCAAAAAAUGGAGAACUUCACAAAUAAAAUUUGCACGGUGCUUCCAUUGUCAGUAUGGAAGUGGGGAUCCUUUAUUUCAGUUAAAUACGUCAUGGGACUAAUCUAUAAACAAACAUAAUCCAAAGUAUCAGCCUUUUAAAAAAAUCUCUGCUAUGCAAACUCUCCACAAUCUAACAUUUAUCUUGGUUUUAACUAAGAGUUUGAAAACAUGCAUUUGCCAAUCAAGUGAUGAGCAUUUCUUUAACUUUGAUCCUUAUGAAACUUGAUAUCUGUCUAUCUUCGUCUGUGCUGAAUGGUAACCUACAUUGUUGUGUAUCAGACAAAUAGCAUUUUUAUGCAGCCAAUGAACAAUUAAUUGACAAGCACUAUGGAGUUUUUCUCUGAACAUAUUAGAACAUUAUCGUAGCCGAAGAACAGCUUUAGUAGUCGAAGAUAAAAAGGGAAGACUUGUUUGAUUGAAAAUUUUGAUCUUGAGAAGGCUUAUGACAGGGGACAUCGUUGCCAUUGAGAAAGGGUACCUUCGAGUGUUCACAAAUCACACUGGUGCAUGCAUUAUCUUUUUUUUUUUUUACGAUCAUUUGGUUCCAUCGUCUCUCAAAAGUUUGUUUGCCUCAAAAAUCAAUAUUUCCAAAAGAAAGAGGCAGUAUAUAUUGUACACGCGAAAUUAUUAAAUGAAAAGGGAAAAUUAAUUCAUGUUUGGAUUCAUGUCUAUCAGUCUUUUGGUACAUACAGUUAUGACAUGUUUAUUGCAUUUUGUGGCAAAGAGUAUGCCCCCUUUCUCUUUCUCAUCUCUGUUAUUUGUUUCCCGUUUCUUGCAGAGAAUUUAGAGAGCUCGGGAUUGCAUGCAAUCAAUUCAAAACCUAAAGAAAUAUCUGCAGAUGAGCGCCCUGAAUGUCCGACGAAUCAAAAACUUGUUAGUAACGUAGCCUCGUUAUUAUUUUUGUUCUGAAAUCAUUCCUUCAAUGCAUAUUGAAAAAAUCUUCAAUACUAUCCUUGUAUUUACCUUCAGUUUUUUUGAGUGGCAAAAUGAGCGUAUCAUUGAUUGUGUCAUAUUUUCAGCUCGAUCUAUUAAUCCUCCUGGAAUGUAGCCUCAUUGACUUCAGGUUCUCUAAUAAAUGAAUCAUCUAUUGAUUUUUUGGCCUAUUCAAAUCAUUCCAAGUCAAACCAACAGAGCAUUGGAAGAAACGGAAGCACUGAGCGUUUAAUUUGAUGUCAAAUAAGUGAAAAAUGCAGGAAUUUCUGAAAACGUAAAGACAUUUUCAGGGGCAUGUUAAAAUAUUUUUGGUGUCUAUUAAGCUGUUGCUGUCUCAUCCAAAUUCUGGUCUGGAAGUUUAAUUCCUUCUAUCCACCAUUUUUUGCUAUAUAUGGUGAGUUUUCAAGGACUAAUACCAUUUUUUAUUUUCUUGGACUAUUAAUGAUAUCGUUUUCCUUCUUGAUGAUUUCUUAGGAUGCUUCUGAAGCAAAACGCAAAGCUGGAAAGCGGAAUGUGAAAUCUGGGAAAGAGUCCUCUGAGUUUAACCUUUUGAGGUAUCAAAAAGUUAUUGCAGAAAGAGAUGCAGGCACGUUUUCCAAUCCCUUUUAAACAUUCUUUGAAGGAUUACUGAGUUAUAUCAAAAAUAGAUGCAACCUGGUGGACUAACCACUUGUUUUGUCCUCCAAACACAACCGAAAGUUCAGCGUAUGAUAUUACCUAAUUUAUUGAAGGAUGAUUCCCAUUUUUCACUAUAAUGAUAUAUAUAUAUAUAUAUAGCAUUGAGGUGGAUGUUUGAAAAUAAAGACAAUUACAAUGAAUAAUCGGAGAGGAUAAUUUUACUUGAUAAGUUAUGUAGUGAGUUAAUGUGGUAAGGAUAUUUAUCUUCAGUUACCUAUUUUUUUAUCAUCAUUAUUUCGAAGAAUAUCUUCUGUUAUAUCUAAGAAAGUUAUUCUGGCAGCUAUUGUUGUCCGAGAAAGACUGGAAUCACUUUGUAGGGAACUGCAGCGACAGAAUAAAUUGCUUAUGGUACACUCUCAAAAAUCUCCCCGUGUUCUCCUUGGUCAUAGUACUUCAUUUUGAUUUACACGAAGGUAAUCAGUUGAUGUAGUUAGCGAGCUUCAAUCUCUGUUUUCAGAAGCCAAUUUUUUUGGAAAAGUGGAUAAUUUUCAAGACUUCAGUUGAAUUUUUUGGAUUUGACCCAAACUAGUUUGCAUAGAGUUCAAGUUAAGGCAUUUCUAAUUUGGGCAUGGUCAAAUUCGUCUUCAAUAUCCUUAGUGACCCCUUAAAAAAUCGAGUGUAUUUUGCAUUUUUCUUUUGGUUUGUUAGAGUACAGACCUGCCUGCUUCAUUAGUUUUCAACAUUAUAAAUUCUACUUAUGAACCUUUGUACGUCAGCAGACUUAUUUGUAUCGUGUUGAUACAUUUAUUUCUGUUUAACACAUAAUCUCACGCCAUCUAUUUUAAUAUUUGGCUUGUUGGUAUUAUUUCGACAGUGCUAACUAUGAAGUUACAUUUGUUCACAUGAAUAGAUCUUGAAACGCAAAAACUUAAAUACGGAUAAUUUAUAUCUAGAUGUUUUCUAUUUCAUGCUUCCAAGAAUUUGGCCUGUUUGAAUUCAGUUCUGAGUGGGAUGUGAGGAGAUUGUACUCCGAAGUUUUCUUUGUGGAAAGAGGGAGUUAUUUGUCGUGUUCUCAGAACAGAAAUUUUCUUGAAGCAACUUGGGAAAAGCUUUAUAAAGGGUAGGUGUUAUUUAAAGAAGAGUGUUAAGGUGAAUUCAAACAAGUCACUGCCAUUGGUCUCAGUCUUUACAAGCCACAACAAAGUUAAUAUCCUGAUUUCACAUUUUUUUUACUUUUUUUCUCUCGACAUGAUACAGAGCUGCCUGUCCUUUGUCAGUAUUUCAUGUCCUUUCUUACACUGUACACGACUUCUUUUGAAACUCAUUUAAGGCAAAACACAAAUGUCCUGUUUGUGGUGCCCAAAUUUGCAGGACGAAUGCAAGAGAGUGUCAACUGAGGGGCAAAACGUGAGAUCAGAAUUCUCAAAGAAGUUUAAUGAUGCAAUUGAGGUUUGUGUGCUGUGUGAUUGAUUCAGUUUUGACGAGAAACCACGUACUUCUGGAUAUGUUAGACACUUUAUUAUACCGGAUAAAAUUGAUACAGAAAUUAUCUAAUUCAUAAAUCUCACACAUUUCUGUCUGAACAUUUCCAAUUUGUUUCACAUAUACUGAUGGAUAACUCUUUCAGGAUGUCAGCAAAAAGCUUGAGAUGCAAAAGGAAGAAUCCCUUGCUCAAUUGAAGGAGAAUGAAUUGUAAGGUUUCUUUUUGGAAACUCGUGUCUGCCUAUUGUGUGAUUUUGGCACUCCUUUUUUAUUUACUUUCUGAGAUGAAUCUUUCCCUUGAAUUUUUUUUGUUGAACUAUCCUGAAGUUCUCAGUUGGAUAAGGCAUCAAGUCAAAACAAAAAUUAUAGAUUCCUGGGGAAAGGCACAUGCCCAGACAGAAUGGAAACGGGAGCCAUUCUGGUAACUUGGUUGCAUAUGCAGUAAAGAAUAUAGGCACAUGCACACACAUGCGCGCUUGUGUGAAUGCGGACAUGCACACUGACCCAUAUACACAGACGUGAAUGAUUUGAUCUAUUAAAUCAAUUGAUUAUUGGGAUCCGUCUGUUGUAACUUUUAAAAUAUAUAUAUAUAUAUAUAUAUCAUCUCUUGAUUUGUGUAUUGAAAAAAAAAUAAAAAAAUUCUGAAGGAGCUUAGUAGAAUGGAGGACAUCCUCAGUAAAACAGAGCAAAAUCUAAAGGAUUGCUUCAAGGCUUUUAAUGCUGAAGUCAAAUCAGAGAUCAAACCAAGUCCAUUCCUCUCGGGAUUUCCCAUACCUAGGGCGAGUUAUCCGGAUUUAAUUUGCUAUUUGUCGCCAACCCAACCCAUCUAUUGGCCCUUUAGAAUCAGAUUAGGAUAAUCCAUGUAAAACUUGUUUUGACUGAUUCAUGAUUCCAUGAUCGACUGGAAGGUUCACUCUCAACAUUUUUGGGUACCUGGAAGGCUAAACAUAAAGAAGUGCAUUUAUUUGUCGUAUAAGGAUAUAGAUGCGGUUGGUUUUUCUUAAUAUCUUCAAUCGCCUGCCAGCUUUUUAAUAUCUGGUAUUUUUCUUACAUAUUUGUACCUUUUUUUUAUCAGUACAACUCACAUUAGAAAAGGAAACAUUGUUUUAUUUUUUAUGUUAAUCUAAUAAGUCGGUUGAAAAGUAUUUUCUAUAUGUUUACUUAUAGGUUGAGAAAUAAGUUGACUCAUCUUACUGAGCAAUAUGCUCUCUCUGAACAGGCCUUUGGAGAAAAGGUUCUCUCUGUUAUUACCAUUUACAAUAUUAUCUGCAUCUCCCCUUCUUGGUCUACUCUAAAAGGAUCGCUUUUACUUAUGUCCCCACAAAAAAAAACUUUGAUUGCGCAGUUGAAACAAAAAAUGCUUGAGCUUCAGCUUGCUGAUCUGAAGAUUCAGCAGCAUCAAGAGCGGACGGCACAGGAACAAACACAGAAGGAACUUUAUGUAGAACAGGUCUCCCAAUUAUUGGAGACCGAAAAGAGUUUGCGCUUGCAGCUUGCUGCUGAUGGAGAAAAGUUUCAGCAGUUCCAGGUGCCUGUGAUUCAGACUUUGCCAAUUUUGUGUUUUUUCAUCACUACGUUUUAUUGAAAAUUUCGAAAUUGUCGUGUUAACCGAUCCUCCAUUCUUGUAUCAAGAUUCACCGAAAACAUGUUCAUUUUUUACAAACUGGAAAUCUUAGGUCCAGAUUCGCCUGAAAAUUGUUCACUUUUUACCAACUGGGAACUUUAGAUCAAGUUUCACCUGAAAAAUUAUUCACUUUUUACCAACAGGAACUCUUAGAUCGAGAUUUCAACUUAGUGGAAAAAUAGAGAUGCGUCUGGAAACAUUUGAAUCCUUUUUGUUCUUACAAAUGUCAACUUCCUAGUAUAACUCUCUCUAGAAUUCCUAGAAUUCAGUAAGAGACAGAGUUAGCAUGACUCUUGAAUGGGGUGUUUGUCAUGCAUGUGCUGAAAUAUAGCUUGAGGACUCUUUUUUGUGUUAUAAAGUGUAAACUCUUACUGAAGAAAGUCAGAAGGAUGCCUGAAAUAGACGUUUCAUCAUGAACCCAGACAUGAUACUCGGAAGUCCAGGCUAGGCAAGUAUCAUGUCUAUUCAUGACGAAAUAGACAUGUUAACUUGAUGGUUGAUAAUACUUUCCACGUGGUUUCUAAAAUCUUGAAUUCGCCGCUUUGUGGUUGCGUCCGGACAUGUGCACGAGCAAUGGCCUUAUCCACUAAAAUAUAUAUGCCUCUUGGCCAUGAUCUUCCCAUUUAGUCAGAUUCAUGAGACACGAGACAACCGACACUUGCGUAUCAUCUAGUUACCAGGCUGCUUGUCAGAGUGGUAAUACUUGACAAGGCUGUUUCCUUGAUCUAGCUUAACGGUGGGGAUCCAUAUGAAUCAUAUUAGCUCACGGCACUGCACAUCCGUGUGGAUGAUUUGAUUUUUUUGCUUAUCCAAGUCAGAUAGAUGCCUUUGCUGAAAACACUAAUCAUUUCUUUGUUUGUGCAGGAUGCUCUGCUGAAGAGUAAUGACGUGUUUGAAACUUUUAAUAAAGAGAUGAAAAAGGUAUGCGAAUCUAAACAGCAAAAUUACAUGCUACUCGAGCAACUUCGCCAAUAUUACCUUGCAUAAUUUCUUUGCUAUGGACGAAAUCAGAUGACGAAAUUAGUAAAAGAUCUUAAGAAGGAAAACAUCUCUCUGAAGACCAAAUGUGAGGAGCAACACUUUUCAAUUGCAAAGCUUCUUUCAGAGGUGAGCUUUUUAUUUUCUACUGACAAUUACUGAUCGUUAGAAGAUGAAAAUUUUCUGUAUAUCCAUUCUUUAUUGAUCAAAUAUUUAGGAAAUGAAUGCCAUUUACUGACCUCUUCUCAGAUUUAAGACAUUUGCACUUUUCUGCACAGAAUUUUCUUGUAUUAUCCUGUGGGCUGCCCCCGCCUUAAAUCAUCCCAACGGCCUGCACUACCUAAGUGGGCUUUUAAUAUCCUGGAUGCUUCCAUGCGUUUCCCCUGCACAAAAAGGGGGGAAACGUCCACAAGGAAAGCCUAUCCGUAGCAAUUUUCUCCUUAUUUGCUGACCUACAGUAUAGUUCACUACACCCUGACCUUCUGCUUAGCAAUGAGUUAUCCGGAAGCUUUCCCGUUGGCUUUCCAUGCGGAGGUGAAAUAUCAGAAGCAAGGCCCAUCCACGUCAUCCCCCCUUCAUAGUGCAUUAGCAGAGUCCCAGUCAACUGGUUUGUGUAUCCUCUUCUUUUGCAAUUAUUCAUUUUUUGCGUGAAUCUCUUGGAUCAGCUCGUGGGUCUUGUCCAUUUCUUCAAACAUCACAGCAUCUCUGUUUUUCCAUGCAUCAUCCCCCUAAAAACCUCCGCGGCUUAUGAGAACCAGGCCUCGGCCUGUUGCUCCUCAACAGUUACAGCUCUUUUAUUUGCUUUUCUGUGAGUACAAGGGCGAUAAUUGCCGCACGAUGUUCCCCUCUCUUUUAGAGAAAAAAAACAGAUAUGCCCAUGAAAACAGUUGCUCUCUGGUUUUAACAUCAGAUCCCAUUCCUUCUUAUCAUCUAAACAAUCAUGUCAGUAGGCAUUCCUUCAUAUUUUUAUUGCUUCUCACUUUCAAAUAUCGACCCCCUUUUUCUUCCCUCAUUUUCCAUGGCCACAGCGUGAAAGUAUGAAAAAGGAGCUAGACAAGGCCACAAGGCAAAAGGAGAAUCUCGAGUCUCUGUGCCGCUCAUUGCAAGCAGAAAGGAAGCAGAAUUGCAUCCGAACAGACUCUGAGCAGGAGAACCCCUGA